AUGUCGAUCAUCCUACAGCUUUUGGGAGAAAAAGGACUGUGGAUCACGGGCUACAAUGAGAUUCCCAAUGGUGCUCGUUUCUGCAGAGGUAUUGCUGGUUUGUUCUGCACUCCAGUGCCAGUGUCCACCCUGAAGACCCUCCAGGUCUUAUCCCUUGUAAUUGACCUUCCGGCCCUCUCUCGUCUCAAGCGAGAUCUGGACUCCAUUGUUGCGACAUGA